ACUAUAUGACACACCACCAAUUCAUUCAUUCAUAAAAUAUAGAACCAGCACAGGGUUCAUGGCAUAGCAUAUCAUAUCAUAUCAUCAUCUUGAGAUUUUGAAUCUACGCGCCAUUGCUCACUAUUGUUUAGAAGAAAUUACACUUGCACAAUCUUCACUAAAAAUAAUUUUGCACCUGCACUUCCCAGUUUACACACGCAACACAAUCUGAGCAACAACAGGCAUGUCUCCAUUGAUUAUUGUCUUUGCUACAAUUGCAGCAGCGAUUCUCAUUUACCGUCUCUUAAACCUAAUAACCAAACCUUCCUUACCUCUUCCACCCGGGCCAAGCCCAUGGCCCAUCGUCGGAAACCUACCUCACAUGGGCCCAGUACCACACCAUGCCCUAGCAGUCUUGGCCCUUAAACACGGUCCUCUCAUGCAUCUUCGUUUGGGCUACGUCGACGUGAUUGUCGCGGCUUCCGCCUCGGUCGCUGAACAAUUCUUAAAAGUUCAUGAUACCAAUUUUUCUAGCCGGCCAACUAACUCCGGCGCCAAAUACUUAGCAUAUAAUUAUCAAGAUCUUGUUUUUGCUCCUUAUGGACCACGGUGGCGUUUGUUAAGGAAAAUAUCGUACGUUCACAUGUUCUCUUCUAAGGCUUUGGAUGAAUUUAGACACAUACGUCAGGAAGAGGUAGCAAGAUUGAUCCGCAAUUUGGCAAGUUCAGGGUCCAAAGCAGUAAACUUAGGACAAAUGUUGAAUGUAUGCACGACAAACGCAUUGGCUAGGGUAAUGAUAGGACGGCGAGUAUUUAAUGAGGGGAAUGGUGGGUGUGAAUGUGAUCCUAGGGCUGAUGAGUUUAAGUCUAUGGUUGUUGAACUUAUGGUAUUGGCUGGUGUUUUCAAUAUUGGUGAUUUUCUUCCUGCUUUCGAGUGGUUGGAUCUUCAAGGUGUGCAAGGUAAAAUGAAAAAAUUACACAAAAGAUUUGAUACAUUUUUAACAAGCAUUAUUGAGGACCAUAGGAUUUCUAAGAGUGAGAAGCACAAUGAUUUGUUGAGUACGUUGUUGUCACUCAAAGAAAAACUUCCUGAGGAUGAAGACACACUCAAUGAUACUGAGAUCAAAGCAUUACUCUUGAACUUGUUCACAGCUGGAACAGAUACAACAGCAAGCACAACAGAGUGGGCAAUUUCUGAACUGAUAAAAAAUCCAAAACUUAUGGCUUGUAUCCAAAAUGAGUUGGACACUGUUGUGGGACGAGACAGAUUGGUAACUGAACAAGACUUGACCAACCUUCCUUACUUAGAGGCUGUUGUGAAGGAAACAUUACGUCUUCAUCCAUCAACUCCUCUAUCCCUCCCACGUGUUGCAACACAAAGUUGUGAGAUCUUUAACUAUCAUAUCCCUAAAGGUGCUACUCUAUUGGUCAAUGUUUGGGCCAUAUCACGCGACCCUAAAGAAUGGUCUAACCCAUUGGAAUUUAAGCCAGAAAGGUUUCUUCCCGGUGGUGAGAAGUUUGAUGUUGAUGUUAGGGGAAAUGACUUUGAGGUGAUACCUUUUGGUGCUGGACGUAGAAUAUGUGCUGGUAUGAGUCUUGGUCUUAGGAUGGUUCAACUUCUUACAGCAACGUUGGCUCAUGCAUAUGAUUGGGAGUUGGAGAAUGGUGUAAGUCCAGAAAAGCUUAAUAUGGAUGAAGCAUAUGGGCUCACCUUACAGAGAGCAGUGCCUAUUUUAGCCCAUCCUCGUCCAAGGCUUUCACCUCAUUUGUACUUGUAAUCAUCAUCUUUUCGAGUUUGGCUUAAUGCCCCUUGCCUUCAUCCAAUCAUCGUUCUAUUAUUAAAAUUGUGGAUACUCUCAACUUUUUAAUAAAGCAAGAAAAGUUUACAUUACAUUCAAGUUUGCUUGUAAACUAUUAAUGGGCCAUAGAGGACAUUUUGCCUUUGGGCUUGGUUGCUUGUAUUUUAUGUUGACAAAAAAGAAGAAUAAACUAAGAAACGUAAAACGUUUGUAUUUGCUUGUCAGUUGUAAAUUGUAAUUGAUUAAUGAUGAGAUCACCACGAUUUCUAUUGUUGUUA